UUGAAACACUGAGCACACUGAAAUGCGGUCACAUACUCGUUGCACUGAAAUGUGUCCCAAGCUCAAUCCAGAAAUGGCUAAGUCUGACACUAUGCCUAAACAAAAAUGGGUGGAGAAGAGGGUAGCAAAUGGUAAACAAGUUAAAUUUACAGUUGCUGAGAAAGGAAAAGGCCUGAUUACACAUAAGGAGCAAAACACCAUUAUUACAAAGCCAAACAACAGUAAAGCAUUAAUAAUAGUGGAUCAACCUUCCUCAUCUGUCCCCAUUUCAAAGGUAGUCUCUAUUGAGGAAGAGGGCACUGGCACUGAGGAGGUAUUCCAUGAAGAACCGCCUGCACCGAAAAAUGAUAAGGUUCAAAGUACUCAGUUAGCAUGUCCUGAUGUAUUAAACGUUGAGGAAGUGAAGAAGCUUUUACAGAUGGAAGUGAAGGGCAUUAAGCAUACUAAGAGAGUGUAAAUGAAUGAUGAUGCUGUUUUAAAGCACAUGAAGCAACAAAUGGAAUAUGAUGCAGACCUGGUAGCCAAGGGGUACUCAUCAGAUGGUGGAACCCAAAAGAUACUGGAACCUUUGCAAUAUUGGGAGUCUAAUUGGAAGGAAAUCUCUGAUGUGGUUGAUGUAAUGGCCAAUUGUUAGAGAUAUUUUUAUUGUAAUUGUGAUCAAUGUUUCUUAGCUCUUUGUAUUUAGCUGAUAUAAAUAAAUAGACUAGCUAGAAUAAUGAAUAGGCCUUUUAAGGCAAUUUGUAAUAAAAGGUUUUAUACCUUUUUAGGUAUGGGCCUCCUAGAAAAGGGAGCCCAAAUAAUUGUAAAACCUACCUUUCCCGUCAGGCUAUAUAUAUGCCUUAAGGGAAAGGCUAGGUUAAGCUUUUCAGAUAUUCUCAUACCCUAGUGCCGCAGUGCCUAUAUCGGUGAUAGAAGUUUUACGCUAAGUUUUGUUCAUCAUUCUGUAAACUUCUUCAUCAUUCAAUGGAAAGCUUCAUUCCCAG